ACCUGACUCGAUCCAUUGCUGUAUAACCGUUAACUGCUUCCUCUGAAUCCCCUCGGAACAACAGAGGAAGGGAGAAAAAGAAAAAGGAGUGACAUUGAAGCUGAAGGUGAGAGAGCGCAUGCACACGAUCAAUUUCAAGCUCAAUUUCAAUUUGAGACGAAUCAUUGUCAUGAAGCCAAAAAAAUCCCCAAACGCAAAACCUCCAUCGCCGCCUCCAACUCCACAAAUCAAAACCCUCCACAGAACCCGCCGCUCCAUCGUCAAACCACCAAUAGCAUCAUCCAUUCCGAAACCCUUACAAUCCAAUCCCAACUGCGAGUGGGUCCCACUCAAUCUCACGCGCCAAGAACUCUCGCUCCCGCUCACCUUCCCCACCGGUCAAACCUUCCGCUGGAAAAACACCGGCCCCAAUCAAUUCACUGGCGUUGUUUCCUCCCACCUAGUUUCCCUCAAGCACCUCCAAAACGGCGACGUUUCAUACUGCCUCCAUUCAACACACGCCCACCACCACCACCACUGCCGUCAGGCCAUGGAGGCACUCCUCGAUUUUCUAAACGCCGGCGUUUUGCUCUCCAACCUCUGGAAUGUGUUCUCCGAAUCCGAUGUCAGGUUCGCCCAGCUGGCGGAGCACCUCGGCGGCGCCAGGGUGCUCCGACAAGACCCGUUUGAGUGCUUGAUCCAAUUCCUGUGUUCAUCGAACAACAACAUUGGGAGGAUUACCAAGAUGGUGGAUUACAUUUCCUCUUUGGGGACAUACUUGGGCACUGUUGAGGGAUUCAAGUUCCAUGCUUUUCCCACUUUAGAGCAGCUCUCCUUGGUCUCGGAGGAACAGCUUAGAAAAGCUGGUUUUGGUUACAGGGCAAAGUAUAUAGUUGGGACAGUGAGUGCUUUGCGAUUGAAACCAGAAGGAGGCGAAGAAUGGCUUAGAUCUCUGCGUGAGUUGGAUCUGGAAGAAGUUAUAUGUGCACUUUGUACAUUGCCUGGGGUGGGUCCUAAGGUGGCUGCUUGCAUUGCUCUAUUCUCCCUUGAUCAGCAUCAUGCCAUUCCUGUUGACACCCAUGUCUGGCAGAUUGCUACGAGGUACCUCUUACCUGAGCUUGCAGGUUCCCGGUUGACGCCUAAGCUCUGUGAUCGUGUUGCGGAGGCUUUUGUAACCAAAUAUGGUAAAUAUGCUGGCUGGGCCCAGACUCUUCUAUUUAUAGCAGAAUUACCUUCACAAAAGGCCCUCCUCCCUUCACAUUUGUGGACUAUUGAGCAGCGCAACCAUGGAAAGAAGGAAGAUAGUGAAGAGGAAGUUGGUUAAGGAAGCAAUUGUAGUCUUUCGGUCCCAAAUUUUCUGGUUACUUUUUCGGGGAUUCUUCCAUGGAGUACAAGCGGUCAUUAGUAUCAGAAACCUUGCUAUUAAUUUCAAUUUGACUCCGCUGUAAGGCUGCAAUUUCUACUUGGAAUCUUCAGAGUUCAUCAGUAUCCACAAUCUCUCAAUGAAAGCACCAAUGAUAGAUUAGAGAAUGUGUAAUAGGAUUUUUUUAGGAAUUUUUAUAAUGGGAGAAGGAAGUAUACUGAAUUAGUAUUUUGGUACUAUUGAAUAGGAUGAAUGAAAAGG